AUGUGCACGUUCUUGAGCUACGCGACCAACCUCAAAGCCUACAAGCUCUACGAAUUGGACACCAAGAAGAACGCGUUCCCCAACCGUCAUGCGCUGAUCAUCGAAGCCUUGGCCGAUGACGUUGAAGCGGACAUUGAGAGCGACGACUUGGAAACGCACAGCGCCGCCGCUCGCCAUGCCCCACAGGCACCAACGAAAGGUGUCCCGGACAUUGCCGUGCCACCACCAAGCCCUGCUCCUGCCCCACAAGCGGCAGCUCCUCGUGUCCCGCCAGCGGCGGCCCCUCGUCAUAAGCAUCCGGUUGCUGCUGAGCCCGAGCCAGCUCUGCGGGUCCUAUACCCGCCGGCGAUUCGGUUUGUGCAGCAGCCGCCGACGCAGCAUCGCUACAACACUCGACUUCAAGCCAACUCGAACCCGCCGCCUCCGGCACCACCGCCUCAAUAA